AUGGAUUAUUUAAAAAUCUACGUAUUUUUGUUAUGUGUUAUUUUAACAACGGCAGAAUUAGUUGGUCCUGAUAGUAAAAAAGAGGAUGACGAUGAAACCACAGAACCACCAGAAACCGAAGAGCCUGAGAAUUAUAAUGAGAUAACAUCGGCUAUGCGAAAAGAAAUCAAAAUGCUUCAAGAAUAUGCUGAUGUUAUGUCAAAGAAGUUGCUAAAAGAUGAGGAUAAUAAAGAAAAAACGGAUAAAGAUGAAAAUAUGGAACAAAUGGAAUACACAUUCAAAUUAAUCAAGAAUAGUUUUCUUAGACAGCCUGAGCCAAGCUGGGUUGAAACGGCAAAAGGCUUGCUAGAUUCAUCUGACAGUGAAAUUGGGAAACCUGAAGAAAACCCACAAGACUAUUUAGAUAGCCUGCCACCACCACCAAAAGAAAAAGAAAUUAUACUUACGCCUGAAAUGCAAGAAGCCAAGGAGCUCUUUGAUGCAGCGAUGAAGAAAAUUGACAAAAGAUCUUCGGACUUGCGUGGAGCCAUUUUGCAAGUGAAGCAAGCGGCAGACCGUGGUUAUGCACCUGCUAAGAUAAAAUUGGCAUGGUCCUAUGUAUUUGGAGAGGGAAUGGAACUAGAUGUUGACAAGGCUCAUAGAAUAUUUGCAGAACUUGUUGAAGAGGGAAAUGCUGAUGCUAAUGCUGGUAUGGGAUUUUUAUACGCUACUGGUGUAGGAGUACCAGUGUCACAAGCAAAGGCAUUAGUCCACUACACUAUAGGAGCUAUUGGCGACAGUGACUAUGCACAAAUGGCUCUUGCCUAUAGGCACUGGGUUGGUGUGACAGUACCUGGUUCUUGCUCCAAAGCAAUGGAGUUGUACAUGAAAGUUGCUGCUAAAGUCGCUAGUCAAGUUACAUUCAGUGGAGGUCCGGCUAUUCAGCGAACGCGUUUGAUCGAUGAAGCCGAAGGCACUGGACCAACCGCAGCCCUUGACACAGACCUAAUAGAAUACUAUCAGUUGCUUGCUGAGAAAGGAGAUGUGCAAGCUCAGGUUGGUCUCGGUCAACUACACUUUCAAGGCGGCCGUGGUGUAACACUGGAUAUACAGAAAGCGCUACACUACUUCCAGCAAGCUGCAAAGACUGGAAAUGCCAUGGCGAAUGCCUAUCUUGGAAAGAUCUAUCUAGAAGGCGGCGAUGGAAUAAAAGCGAAUAACGAAACGGCACUGCACUAUUUUAGAAAAGCAGCGGAACUCAACAAUCCCAUUGGGCAAAGUGGUUUGGGGUUGAUGUACUUACAGGGUCGAGGGGUCCCUAAGGAUCCUAAUAUAGCUCACAAAUACUUCACCAUGUCUGCAAAUCAAGGGUGGAUGGAAGGACAAUUGCACCUUGGUUUUCUAUAUCUCAGUGGCACUGGAGUACGCCGUGACUUCAAGCAAGCGAACAAAUAUUUCUCCCUUGCGUCACAAUCUGGCCACGUGUUGGCAUUGUAUCACUUGGCACAGCUACACGCCCAGGGCUUGGGUGUAAUGCGUUCGUGUACUACCGCUACUGAGCUAUUCAAGAACGUCUGCGAGCGUGGCCCCUGGUCAUCCCGGCUUAUGCUAGGGCAAGCAGCAUGGCGCGCUCGAGACACAGAUUCAGCCAUGCUCCAGUACUUAUCACUCGCCGAACGAGGCUUCGAAAUCGCCCAAAGUAAUGCCGCUUAUCUACUGGAUGAUGGUGAAGUUCGCCUCUUCCCUGAAGAGGAAAGAUGGCGCCGUGCGUUGCAGUUGUGGUCGCGCGCCGCUUCACAGGGUUGCGCGGCCGCACGUGUCAAACUAGGCGACUACCACUACUAUGGACUUGGGACGAGUGUUGAUCUAGAGGCUGCUGCUUAUCACUAUAGAAUAGCGUCCGAGCAACUACACAAUGCGCAAGCUACUUUCAACCUGGGCUAUAUGCACGAACGUGGAUUGGGUCUUGCGCGCGAUAUCCAUCUUGCCAAGCGUUGCUAUGACUUAGCAGCGGACGCAGCGCCUGAGGCUAGGUUGCCAGCUGCGCUUGCGCUGGCUAGGCUAACCGCUGUGACUACAUUUUCUUCGCUUAUGGACAGCCCACUCGCGAUGAUCUUUCUCUCGGGCGAGUCAACGCUGCUGUCCAACUGGGAUGUCUACCUCAUAGCAUUUCUAGCAGCAGCACUGGGCCUGGUUCUAUACUUGAGGAGACCACAGCAUAACAACUGA